AUGCAGGGCUUUAAUAUGGGACGCUAUGUCCCUCCCGAUCAAGAAGGCGUCACGUCGGCGAACAAAUUAGCCGGAAAGCAUCCUCUAGGCGCCCGCGCACGUCACCUUAACACCACUGGCGCAUUGAUAGUUCGUUUCGAGAUGCCAUUCACCAUAUGGUGUACGACCUGCAAGCCGAACGAAACCCCGAUCGGACAAGGUGUCCGCUUCAACGCCGAGAAAAAGAAAGUGGGGAACUACCAUUCGACACCAAUCUGGAGCUUUCGCAUGAAACAUACUGCAUGUGACGGCUGGAUUGAGAUUCGGACCGAUCCGAAAAACACAGCCUAUGUCGUCACGGAAGGAGCUAGGAAGCGGGAUACCGGUGAGAACAAGGAACUACAGCCUGGAGAAAUCCUCAUUGGAUCUGGAAUUAGAGAACAGGAUCCGGCAGAGAAAGAUCCCUUCGCAAAGAUCGAAAGUAAGGUCGAGGACAAGCAGCGUGCGAGCACAGAGGCGAGCCGCAUCCUGGAACUACAAAAGCUUCGGGAUCGAGAUUGGGAGGACCCCUACGAAAUGUCGAAGCGGUUGCGACGCACGUUUCGAACUGAACGGCACGGACUUGAGAAGGCAGCGGCCAAUCGAGAAGCGCUUCAGGAUAAAAUGAGCCUGGGGUUUGAUCUUGUUGAUGAAACGGAGGAAGAUCGCCAACAUGCUGAAAUGAUUGACUUCGGUGAUGAUCAUUCUGUUAUGGAUACAGAGGCUAAGCGCGCUGCCAGGAUUAAGCCCAUGUUUGAGAAGCGUGCCUCCGCUACACCAUCUGACAAGCCAGCGCAGAGAGUCUUUACGACCAGAAGGGAACGAGAGAUCGCGCGACGCAAAGAAGCCUGGUGUCAGGGAGUGGCUGCGAAUACCCGCGCUGCAAUGGAUCCUUUCUUGGCUUAUGCUGACGACCCAGACUUCUGGAAACUGAACGGGGAAAAGGGUACAAAAAGAAAGAGACCCCCGGGAACUACCCUGAUCCCCAAGCGUAGCCCAAGAGAAACCCCAGUCGAUGAUCCCAGUCAUUCCUCGGUCCCAGAUGUCGGUUCUAUUUCACCAGAGGUCAAGCCGGAGGAUGCCUCGAACAAGAAGUCAACCAAAGCAACACCCGAAAAGCUUGUGGACUAUUCUUCCGACUCGGAGUAG